AUGUCUUCCUCAUUUCUAUGGUGGCGCUACAUGCUGCUACUGUCAUUCCUGUUCUACACCCAGGUGUAUUCCCGUGCUGUGUUCGCUCAUUUCAUGGUCUCGAAUACGGCCGGAUAUGCAGUCUCAGACUGGGAACAUGAGAUCCAGCUCGCGCAGGAUGCUCAUAUUGACGCAUUCGCUUUGAACAUCGCAAACGGAGAAGACACCACCUCGAAUUCCAUGCCCAAUGCCUUUUUAGCGGCUCAAAAGCUCAAAUUCUCUCUUUUCUUCUCGUUCGACUAUGCAGGGAAUGGAGCCUGGGAUAAAGACGACGUACUGAAUCUCUUGAAGCAAUACGUUUCCAGUGGCGCCUAUUACCUCCACGGUAAAACUCCAUUGGUCUCGACAUUUGAAGGACCUGGCAAUGCUGAUGACUGGGUGUAUCUCAAAUCAAAGAUGUCGCUCUUCUUUGUUCCAGAUUGGUCGUCAGUUGGGGCCAAGUCUGCCAUGGCUUUGGGAGAUGGUGUUGCAGACGGGCUGUUUAGCUGGGCUGCGUGGCCAAAUGGACCGAACGAUAUGAACACCUAUGUUGACGCUUCUUACAUGCAAUACCUGGGCAAGAAGCCCUACAUGAUGCCGAUUUCGCCGUGGUUUUUCACAAACAUGCCUGGAUAUGAUAAGAACUGGCUGUGGCGUGGUGAUGAUCUCUGGUAUACGCGGUGGGAGCAAGCGCUCUACCUGGCCCCGGAAUUCAUCGAGAUCAUCUCUUGGAACGACUUUGGUGAGAGUCACUACAUCGGUCCCACUGUUGACUACCACAACCGACUGGCCCAUUCAAUGUAUGCGGCAUUCGAAACUGGGAAUGCCCCUUACAACUAUGUCGAAAGUUUGGAUCAUAGCGGCUGGAGACAAUUCUUGCCCUACCUGAUUGACCUCUAUAAAUUUAACCACACUACCUCAGGAAAGGAGGGCCUUGUGGCAUGGUAUCGUCUGAAUGCAGCCGGUGCGUGCGCUGAUGGUGGCACAACUGCGAAUACCGUCUCGCAGCUGCAGCUGGAGUAUUGGCCCAAGGAUGUGAUGCAAGAUAAGAUCUUCUAUUCAGCACUAUUGUCACAGCCUGGAGAUAUCUCUGUGACUAUAGAUGGCGUGAACCUAGGCGCAACCUGGACCAACACCCCCAGUGGCAAUGUUGGUAUCUACCAUGGAAGUGUCUCUUUUGCCGGCCAUUCUGGAGGCGUGAUAUUGAGUGUGACUACUCCGAGUGGCUUGCUCGAAGUUGAUGGCAAGGAUAUCAGCAGUGGAUGUGAUAUGGGCGACCUAGUCGAAAAUUGGAAUGCAUGGGUGGGCUACACCAUUGGAAACUCCCUCAGUGGAACCUCCCCUGACCUUGACAAGGAAGUCUGUGUCGAGGGAUGGGGGAUGGGGGAUUUCAAUGGGCUUUGUAGAUUUGCCUGCAGCUUGGGAUAUUGUCCUUUUGGGGCGUGCGUGUGCACCAAGCUGGGACCUCAUCCAACAUUACCCAAACCUACAGGCGUCGUGGGCUAUCCAGCUGCAGGCAAAAACGCCAAUUAUGCCGGUCUGUGUUCGUUCACCUGUGAAUAUGGCUAUUGCCCGUCAACUGCCUGCGGAACUGUGUCGGUCCCAUUAACGAUUCCCACAGUCUCCCCGUUCACCCCUGACACAUGUGUCGGUGGUACUGGAGAGGGUGAAUUGGCUGGUCUGUGCAGCUUUGGCUGUAACUAUGGCUAUUGCCCCGUUUACAACUGUACCUGUACCGCAACGGGUCCCUUGAACAUUCCUCCUGCCCAAAACACCUCUAUCGUCGGCUGGGCACCAGAUACCGAGGAUAACGGUCUUUGCAGCUUUGCUUGUACUAGAGACUAUUGUCCUUCGCCGGUAUGCCUAGACACGGUCCCCGACGAUGAUCCUUGUGGAAAUGUGGACGAUGACAGUGAGGAGUGCGCCGGCACUUUCCCUUGCGAUUUCAGCAUCAACUACUCCUCUCUCGAUGACCUGGAAGCAGACAUUGGCAAAUUGGAUCCCUACUGUGUCGACUUCUAUGUGCUGGGUUCAUUAUAUGGGGAGCUGGAGGUUGCUUUGGCCAACUAUACAAACAUUGCCCAUACAACCAACUACGACGACGACUUCAAAGAGUACUCGAAAUACAUGAAAGCGCAGGUUCAACCUCAGCUCAUGUACUUCAUGAACAUCAGCGAGGUUAUUGGUAAACCCAAUGGCUUGGGCAAUCAGUAUUUCGAAUGUACGUAUAACACGCUAGGCAGAAAUGGCUCAAGGACCGCCUGUCCGGAUGAGUAUAUUGGGUCGCAAGACCAGACCCAUAUCGUCUACUACGAUAUCGUGGACCGAGAAGGCUUCUUUGGCAAUCUUACUGCAAACGUUGGCGUGGAGCCGGACUGGGUAACACUCGAUGGUGGCUUGUUCCUUGGCACCGACCAGAAGCCUUACUAUGGUAACAUGCCUGACUGCAAUGUGACUCCGAGUUGGGGAUACAGAUGCGCUUGGUGGCAGGGAUUUCCCAUUCCAGCCAAGGAAAUCAGUAUCACUGACCCUCGGGAUAUCAUGAGAAAGGCUUUGCCAAAUAUCCCCAACCUCCAACUGUCGAUCUCUCUUACCCAGCUUAGCAUCGCAUCUGGAGGCUUUGACGGCGUGAUAGACGAUGUUGUUCAGACCAUAUCUACCGCUGUCUUUACGCUAAGUGAGCUAGUCGAUCGCAUCUACAACGUUGUCGAUAUCGGUGAGAAGGUUGCCGCUGAAGAUAAGAAAGAAAGAAUAUUGAAGAUCAUUGGUGGUGUGUUUUUGGCUCUUCCUUUCCUUGGCCCGCUUUCGGGACUUGGAGAUGUCAUCGAAGGCUUUGAUGCAUUACUCGCUUUGGCGGGGACCGUCGCAAAUGAAGGCUACGAUAUCUACAGUAUGGUACAGAACCCUGACAGUGCUCCGGUGGCGAUUCUUAGCAUGCUGUUGGGCUUUGACGCUGGUUCGGCAGUUGGCGAAAUCAGUGAUGAAUCAUUGGGAGCCGUUAAAUACGAUUCUCUCGCUGCCUCUCGGCGCGGCAUGAAAAGCGCUGAGAUAAAGGGGUUUGGACAUGUAUUUGAAGAUAAGAUGAAUCAAGUUGAUUCCAUUGUCAGCAAAUGCUUGAGACGUUGA